CAUUAUGAUAAAAAUGACUGCAACUUGCGGCUACGAUUUAAUUUUCCUUUUUGCUUGAUUUAUUGCAAAAAGUCGUUGUACAAUUUAGUGUUGUAAGAAGAAUAAAGUGCCUAAUAUUUUUUGUGAAUACUCAGAUAUCCUAGAAGUAACACCAUGGAUCUCCAUAGGCCUGUUGACCCUAACAAGACUUACGAAGAAAUGACUUCCGAGGAGAAGCUAAGGUAUGACCACCAGAAGUUGCACGAGCUACACAAAGGCCACGAGCAGAUGCACACGACGAUGGUGAUGAUCCUCAUAGUUACACUCAUUGUGGCACAGGUCAUUGUUGUCGAAUGGAAGAAGCGGCAUUAUAGAAGUUACGCUUUCUUCACAAUGUGUGCAAUGUGGUCAAUCCCCGUACUGAUGAGUGCUAAGAACCAUUGGUGGCGGUUCAUAUGCAUCUGGACGGUGUUCACCCUGCUCACCACCCUGGUCAUCAGGAAGUCCACAGUCAAACCCAUGUCUGUUACUACACCUAGGCUAGUCUACAAAUGGUUCUACCUCAUAUACAAGCUCAGCUGUUUCCUGGGCGUGUUCGGGUACAUCCUAAUGAUGUUGACGUUCCUUGGCCUCAACCUGCUGUUCGGCCACAAGCCGCAGCAGUGGAUGGAUGUGGCGUUGCUGUUUCUCUUCUACGGCUUGUACUUCGGAGUGCUCGGCCGAGAUGUCGCAGAGUACUGCACCGACAAAAUGGCCGCCACGAUCGGUUACUAUACGCAGGAGGGCAUCCCGACGCGGCAGCUGGAAAGCAACGUGUGCGCCGUCUGCGGGAACCAGCUACUGGUUAACGUAGACCAGGAAGGAGUCUUAGAGAACACGUACAAGUUGACAUGCGGCCACGUGUUCCACGAGUUCUGCAUCCGAGGGUGGUGCAUCGUGGGCAAGAAGCAGACGUGCCCCUACUGCAAAGAGAAGGUGGACCUCAAACGCAUGUUCACCAACCCAUGGGACCGGCCUCACAUACUGUACGGGCAGCUGCUGGACUGGAUCCGCUGGCUGGUGGCGUGGCAGCCGCUCAUCCUCUUCCUCGCACAGGGCAUCAACUGGCUCUUCGGUCUCGAGUGAGACCACAAUAAUACCAGAUAAUAAACCUUAAUGUAACUGAACAGUGUACAGUGCGUUGUUGAUGUUAAUGGAUAAUAAGUUUUCAGCCCGUAACAGACGAUGAAGAUAUAUUUUAUAAUGCAAUAGUACCGAUGCCGGCAGACAAAACUUAAUUUUAUUUUGACAGCUCUAAAACUAUUGCCGUCCUUCACUUAUUCUAAAUGCGAAAAAGAGAUAGGACUGGUUUUAGAACUAUCAAACUUUCAAAUCAAGUCUAUGUCUGCUGGAAUCCGCACUCUAAAUAAAGAAAUAAAGUAAUGCGCAUUGCGCACUAGAGCGACUGAGAUAGAAUUAUAAUGCUAUCUCUCCCGCACCCAUGUUUAAGAUAAAAUAUAACACCAUCUGUGACGGGCAUUACCGUUAAGUAUUCCAGUUUCGUUGGCAAUUUUAAAUGGAUUUAAGUGUAACUUUGUGAAUUGAACACCAAAUUAUUUUUUUGUACUUUAGCUAUGAAUUUAAUUAGAAUUCGAAUUGUGGGCGAGCUAGCUUAGUUAUAGGAACAAAUGAAAUGAAAGUAUUUUUUUCGUCGUUAGUUUUUUGUCUUGAAAUCUCCAUUUGACAAGUUUUUUAAACUUGUUUUUCAUUAGCGCCAUCUGUUGUCCGCAUAAUAUAUGUACGUAUGUAUUUCAGUUAUUGAUUAUUUAUUUAUGAUUUUCUACAAUUUGUACCGUACAUAAAGGCUGAUCGAAUAUACUGUUAUUACUUUACCAUUUUUAAUUAAACACACAUAGCACGUUUACUAUCAUUAACACCCAUUAUCUAAAAAGGCAAAGUAUUCACACCCACAUGAUUUUAUUUAGUUAAAAAUUAAAUAAACAUGAAACUCACUUUGUAAAUUGUAAAAAGACCCGUAUAAAAGAGGUCCGCCAGAUAUAAAUAGCAAACUUUAUUAUCUUUUUUAAAAGGAAAUCAUUGGUUUGGGUGCCACCUUUCUUAAGUAAAAUUUUGACUAAUCUUAAGGAAGCUUCUGGAUUCUCGUUUCACUUGUGUAUCAAGCUCCUAAUAAAUUACAUAUAAUAUAGUUUUUGAUUGCAUUAUCUAGUACACAUAAUCUAAUUUUAUUUUAAGUUAUACCUAUCAUUUUCUUAUCCGCCCAAAAGGAAAGGGACGGAUGAUUGUCAGCUGUUAGUUUUGAAAUGAAUGAAUAACCCGGGCGAAUCAAAUAGGCAUCUCGCUACUGUGCAACCCGUUUGAUGUGUGCUGUCAACUUAAUUCUGUCGGGUUAUCGGCCAAUGUAAAAUGUUGACAGGGUUGUUUAGCAUUUUUGGGUAGAUUGACGUGUGCUUCAUAAAUUGUAUUAUAUAUUUUAUUUAUUUUUUUAUUUAUUAUGAUUAUCCGUCUCUUUCCUUUUCGGCGGAUAAGAAAAUGAAAGGUAUAACUUAAAAUAAAAUUAGAUGUCUAAAGGAAUCAGCGCCAUUGUGCAUAAAUAUAUGUGAGUUUUAUGCUUAUUUCGGCGUAUAUAUAUUUACUAAUUUGUUACUCGAAAGUAUUCAAGAUUUUAAUUACCUACUUUGAUUUCUUGCCUCUGUGAAAGUGGUGCGCUUUGUAUAAAUAAUGAUGGAAAAAUGUAAUUGUUGAAGAAGACCACAUUUAGUUUUAAGAAAUGGGUUUUUAAACUUAAAUCAGUUUUAAUCAGGAUAGUUCUAGUUUCCUGCAUUUAUGUAUUUAAGAAAUUGCUGAAGACUUAACGCCUGCUACUAUUGAUAGCCUAUCUGCUAGAUAAGUAUCUGAUAGCAACUCUCCUAUCUGCCAGAUAGGUUCUGGCUAGUUGUGAAAUAGGCCUUUACAGUCCAAACAUUUGUAUUACGAAUUAUAUUAGGCUUAUCCUAUUUUUCAGACUUGAAUAAAAUGUAGGUACUUUAUUUAUUAUUUGGUUAAGAAUAAUUCCUUAUUUCUGUAAGUGUGUUGGUUGGAACAUUCCAACUUUGUGAGACUUGUAAAGUCCUGUAUUUAUGUUGUGAUGUGAAUAUGACUAUUUGCCUGAAGGUUUAGUGUUUGGAUAGGUUUAGACGUAAUGUCUUUUGUUAAUUUGUAAUCAGUGGCGCAACUAUACCGUGAAACUGGGAAAAUGUUGGUUCAAAGAAUAAAGAAUAGUAACUAUAUAUAUACUAGUAUGGAAUGGCAAUUCUAUGCCCCGACCCAAUUGGCUCCUUGAUAGUUGUAACAAUAAAAUAUCAAAUAUAUCGGAUAUGUUAAUUAUCAUUUAAUAAUCCAAUAGUCUUUUUAUAAAGAUCAUUUUUGAAUAAUUAAUUUUUACAAAAUAAGAAUGCGAUUUUUUAUCUGUGUAUUACAAGACCCGAAACACCGUCGGCCAUUAUUAAGCUUCGUGUGACGUCACAUAUCACAAAAUAAACAAAAACUACCUGUCAGGUUUCAAGUUAUACUGUUUGACAGUUUCUUUGUUUAUUGUAAUGUGACGUCACUGGGCAAAAGUCACGUGACUAUUUUCGCGCGAAAUUUGAAUAAAGAGAAAUGUGUUCUUUUUUCGAAAAAGUAAAAUAUUUUAAAAUAUGUAAAAUAAGCGUUUGUAAUUUUUAAAAUACUUAUCCGAAAACUGUUAAGUAGCCAAUUCGUCUUACUUAUAAUAUUAAAUGGCCGUGAGUUGCUGAGGAGUAAGGGGGAGCGCGCACGGACUAGGUCUCGCUCGCACUUAUGCAUUAGGCAGCACACGGUGAGAAAGAGAUUUUCGUUUGGAUCAUCCUUUUGUGUGAACAUAUAAAAAUGAAUUUUCGUUAAAUGAAAUUACUCCGAAAGUCCUUUUACCCGUAAAGUCCAGCACAAUAUUGUGUUUUUUUUCGCGGUUUUCUUGUUUUUAUACCACAGCAGUCUUUUCAACUUCCAUGAUUGCGUAGAAAAAAGUCGUGUUGCUGUCGCUCUCGUGCACGCAUUACGUCAAGGAGGAGUUUCAUUUGUCGAAAGAAACAAAUCGCUUUGCGAUUAUGUUGCUCCUGCGCGCAUAGCCUAAAGCAACGUUUUGCUUGGAUGGUCUGGCAACAUUUUUUCUUAAUAAAAUUCAAAUUCAUUCUAGACAAAGUUACCUAAAAUAAUAAUAAGUAAAACGGUAAAAAAAAUCACUGGAUAGUUCCGCCACUGAAAAAGUAACAGCAUAAUGAGAAUGUAGUUAUCGUGGUGAGUCAAACGUCUUGCUUCUAGGCAAACUCUUUUUCUGUAUGUAUGCAGAGAUGUCGAACCUGACAUUUCUCCUUAUUUUGCCCUUAAACACCCGUCGAACAUUAUUUUCCCCGAUUUAAAUAUAGCUCGAUUAAUCCAACAGCUGUCAGAACAAUACAUUUUAAAGAGAUAAAGAAAUAAACAUGUUCCCAUCUCUUUCACACUAGGCUGGUGGCGGGAACUCAUCAUCAAUGAUGUAAUACUGAGCCAGGCAUAUAAGUCCAACUUCGAUAUUAUGAUCAAAACUAUAGACAUUACAUUUUUCGUGUUUUCCAAAUCAUACUAUAUAUAACCGACUGCACUUGUCGGUACUAGACUUUGUACUCAGUAGAUUUUGUUUGACGGGCAACUUAAAUACUUUUUUAUAUAUAUAAUAAAGCAAUAAUAUCCUAUAAGCAAUGAUGAUCAAAUUUCUCAGCUAGGUACAUUAUAAGUACGUCACGUCUUAUUUGUAUGGAAUGAUGCAAUUUGUAAAAAGUAUUUUGUAUAAAUACAUAAAUGGUUUCACUA